AUGUGUCUGAGUUCCACUGCUGAGAGUUCUAGUGAGAGUUCCACUGCUGAGAGUUCUAGUGAGAGUUCCACUGCUGAGAGUUCUAGUGAGAGUUCCACUGCUGAGAGUUCUAGUGAGAGUUCCACUGCUGAGAGUUUUAGUGAGAGUUCCACUGCUGAGAGUUCUAGUGUGAGUUCCACUGCUGAGAGUUCUAGUGAGAGUUCCACUGCUGAGAGUUCUAGUGUGAGUUCCACUGCUGAGAGUUCUAGUGAGAGUUCCACUGCUGAGAGUUCUAGUGAGAGUUCCACUGCUGAGAGUUCUAGUGAGAGUUCCACGGCUGAGAGUUCUAGUGAGAGUUCCACUGCUGAGAGUUUUAGUGAGAGUUCCACUGCUGAGAGUUCUAGUGAGAGUUCCACUGCUGAGAGUUCUAGUGAGAGUUCCACUGCUGAGAGUUCUAGUGAGAGUUCCACGGCUGAGAGUUCUAGUGAGAGUUCCACUGCUGAGAGUUUUAGUGAGAGUUCCACUGCUGAGAGUUCUAGUGAGAGUUCCACUGCUGAGAGUUUUAGUGAGAGUUCCACUGCUGAGAGUUCUAGUGAGAGUUCCACUGCUGAGAGUUCUAGUGAGAGUUCCACUGCUGAGAGUUCUAGUGAGAGUUCCACUGCUGAGAGUUCUAGUGAGAGUUCCACUGCUGAGAGUUUUAGUGAGAGUUCCACUGCUGAGAGUUCUAAAUGUAGUGAGAGUUCCACUGCUGAGAGUUUUAGUGAGAGUUCCACUGCUGAGAGUUCUAGUGAGAGUUCCACUGCUGAGAGUUCUAGUGAGAGUUCCACGGCUGAGAGUUCUAGUGAGAGUUCCACUGCUGAGAGUUUUAGUGAGAGUUCCACUGCUGAGAGUUCUAGUGAGAGUUCCACUGCUGAGAGUUUUAGUGAGAGUUCCACUGCUGAGAGUUCUAGUGAGAGUUCCACUGCUGAGAGUUCUAGAAUGUAG